GCAUGCCAUAUAGGCUUUCGAGGAACUGAAGAGAAAGCAAUCGACAUGAGAAAAAAAGAAAGACAUCCUUGAAGCUCAAGAAAUUCUUUGAAAUUUUUUUUGUUUCAUAGGUUCUCUUUUGAGUUUCUCAGCAUUCAAAGAGAUAAAAAAAAAUUGACCCAAAUCGUAUGAAAAUCGAAGGAAAUGUAAAAGAUGUGCGGUCGAUUUGAGCUCGGGGUUUUCUUGAGCGUGUUGAAUUCUGUUUGGUUGCUGAGAAACUGAGGGAAAAAGGGAAAGGAUUUUCGGUUUUUAAAAAAUUCCUGCUGUUUAGUUCCUAUAGCUUUGUUUGCGUCUUGGGAAAGGAUGAGGGAGAGAAGAGGACGAGAUGACGUUGAAAAUGGAGAUAAACAAGAAAAUAUAAUUAGGCCCAUUGUUUCAUUUUCCCUGGAGUUGAAACAGCAGAGAUUUUCAGCUCUUAAUUUUCUGUUCUUUUCCCAUGUCUCUUGGCAACCAAACGGGGUAUAAUGAUUUGUAGAAAUUGAUAUUUUUAAUGUAAUUUUUGGUAGGCCCUGGCUAGCUGCUUUUGUUUCCGGCAAUUUCUUCACAGAAUUAUGGAGGAAUCUAAAUCUUCCUUGGAUGAGGAAGGGGUUGAAAGCUUGCCCCUCACAACUGCUUUGACCACUUUGUUGGAAGAAUUAUGUGCCACUCAUGGUGGAAGAAAGGUCUUGAGCCCCCGGAAAGUGAUGCUUGCCAUGGCUCUUUAUAUUCCCAAUUUCAAUCUCACGAGGCAGCAGGAUGCAGCAGAAGCAUUCCUUCAUCUUUUGUCUUGUUUAAGAGAAGAAUUUUCAGAAUGUUAUGUUCCAAAUUACAGUUCUCUAGCAGGCGUUUCUGCUUUUCCUAAUUGUAGGAUUCUUACUCCAACCAAGAGGGGACAACCGAGUGAACAGGAAAGAUGGCAGCGACACUUCCUUGGGCCAUUCAAUGGGAUUCUUGGCAGCUUUUUAACUUGUCAAAGCUGUUCAUUUCAGAUCACAUUGGAUUUUGAAUUUUUCCAUAGCUUGUCUCUUUCACCAGUGCUCAAUAAUGGUGGUGCCAUUAUGGCUGGAUGCACUGUGGAGGAUUGCCUGAGGCAAUUCGUUGUUGCAGAACAAGUUGAGAAUUAUCACUGCCACAGCUGUUGGCAUAUUGCUGCAACAAAGUACUUAUCUUUACGGUCUGGAAAUGAGGCAGAAAUUCAAAAGCUCAGGUGCUGUAGAGAGCAAGGCUCCUGUGACUGCAGAAAUCUCCUUAAUCUUGAAGCAGUGCCAUGGUCAAAUAGUUUUUCACGUACUUUAAAGCAACUAAGCAUAGUUCGUUGUCCAAAGAUUCUAUGCAUUCAUCUGCAACGAGCUUCAAUGACCAUAUUUGGAGAACUAACCAAAGUUCAGGGUCAUAUUUCUUUUCCAUUGAUAUUGAACCUAUUGCCAUUCAUGAAGAGUGAAGUGGGAAUAAAGAACUGGGAAGAUAAUUUUCUAAGACAGCGAGCAAAGCAGCAAAAUCAACAACCUGUUCCUGAUCUGAAACAUUUUAAGUUGCAAUUUGAUACAAGAAUGCUAAAUUGCAUUUAUGGGCUUGAGGGAGAAAACAUGAACUCAGAGGCAAGGUAUGCUGAUGAAUUGGGAAGCACUACACUUAAACUUAUGGGUAGUAUGAAUUUUCCAACUCUUGGGGAAUCCAGUUUGGCUGAAACUGGAGGCUUCUCAGAUACAAAACUUGAACACAGGCGUGAUGAGGUGAGCAUGGCUCGUGAUUGUGAUUCUUUAGAUACACAUAGUUACCAUCUUGUUUCUGUUGUGGAACACUUUGGAAGAGAUGGGAGUGGGCAUUACACCGUCUACAGAAGAGUGAGAACUGAGCAGGAGAAAGAAUUUCAUAAUGGACAAUUUGCGCCUUCCCUUGGGCACUGGUUUUGCAUUUCGGAUUCUCAAGUAUACAGUGUUUCAGAAAAAGAUGUUCUUGCAGCAGAGGCUAGCUUGCUCUUUUAUGAAAGAAUUGUAGAUGAGUGAGAACUGCACCUACUGCACCUACUGCAUUUGAAAUUUGUUGUUUGUUAUCCAGGAAAAUCCCAUUUCAGUUACAACUCCAAGAAGGCUGCUAUCAGCUUGAGGAAGUGCCUGGAGGCAUAUGGCAUCUUCACCUAUAACAAUGAAGCUGAUACAGAUUCUGAACAAGUUGUGAGGCUAAAUUGUACCCCAUACUUCAGACCAUAUCAUUAUCAUAAGGAGAGAAUACUCCUCUGAGAAGGGGGCAGCCUUGAGUCUUGAGAAUGAAUUCAUGGAAAGUAUGCUUUUAGUUUUCUCGGCUCUCUUGGUGCUUUUCCCCAGCAAAAUUUACAGAUCUAUUUUUGAACUUAAGGACUGAGGAAUUUUGAUGCGAUAAUGAACUAUGGUGUAUUGUUAUAUAGCAGUUGCAUUUGAUUCUUUUUCAAGUGAUGGUCUCCUUAUUCCUUCAUGCUUUU